AUGUAUGAAUCUCUUACGUUUUCUGACUCGGUUGGAAUAUGUCCGUAUAAUAAAAAUCAUAUUAUUACAAAAUCUCGUCUUCAAAAGCACAUAGUCAAAUGUGAAAAACAAUUUCCAACACAUUAUAAAGUUAUGUGUCCAUAUAAUGCCACUCACCGAUUAUUUAAAGAAGAGUUAGAGGAACAUAUUAUUACUUGUCCUGCACGCAAUAUUUUAAAAUCGGAAAUAUAUCCAGAGGAGCAUAAUACAAGAAAUUUUAUAGUACAAUCAGAAUUUUCAAAUAUAAUAGAUGGUACAGAAAAUUGGGAUUUAGAAAUUAAUAACUCCAUGACUUUAACUAAAGAAGAGUAUUUUAUAGAUAAUAAUUCAAGACUGGUUAAUAUAAGUACUAAUUCAAAGAAGCAAAAUGAAGACUUUAAAAUGAUACGAGCUCCUCGGGGCUUUUCUGAAGCUAUAUUAACAGAACCUAGCGAAGAUUCUUAUGUUGAAGAUGUAGAAUCAGUAGUUAGUUCAAUGGGUAUUGGCAGAGGGAAAAUUACUUUAAAGAACGAUAAACUGAAAUUAAUUGGAAUGUGUAGAGGAAGAUCAAUGGACAAUUUUUCAUAAUAA